AUGCUCGACCAGGGAAUUAUAGAACCCUCAUCCUCACCUUGGAGCUCACCAAUUUGGAUCGUACCUAAGAAACUCGAUUCCCAGGAACAACGUAAAUGGCGAAUAGUAAUAGACUAUCGCAAACUUAAUGAUAUUACCAUUGGCGAAACCUACCCCAUUCCACAAAUUUCUGAAAUACUAGACCAGCUAGGCAACAGCAAAUAUUUUUCAACCUUAGACUUAGCUUCCGGGUUUCAUCAGUUGUUAAUAAAACCUGAAGAUGCAUCCAAAACGGCAUUUUCUGUACCUCAGGGGCAUUUCCAAUUCAAUAGGAUGCCGUUUGGAUUAAAAAAUGCUCCGUCCACCUUCCAGAAGCUCAUGAACGCUUGCCUAUCAGGACUUCAAGGUUCACGAUGCUUCGUUUAUUUAGACGACAUCGUUAUUUAUUCAUUCGACCUAAGUUCCCAUAUAGAUAACCUCAACGCUGUAUUUAAGAGACUCAGAAACUACAAUCUCAAAUUACAACCCGAAAAAUGUGAAUUCCUUCGUAAAGAAGUAAUUUAUCUAGGCCAUAUAAUCGGCGAACACGGUGUUAAACCCAAUCCUGAAAAGGUGAGAGCCGUCACCGAAUUUCCUGUUCCAAAAUCGCCCAAAGACAUCAAAUCCUUCCUCGGCCUAGUAUCCUACUACAGACGUUUUAUUCCCGACUUUUCUAAGUAUGCCAAAUCCCUUACUUCCCUUUUAAAAAAGGAUGUCCCUUUUGAAUGGAAAAACGAACAACAGCUUUCUUUUGAAACCUUAAAAGGUAAACUCGUCACAGCCCCAGUCCUUGCAUAUCCCGACUUCACGAAACCAUUCCUUUUGACAUGCGAUGCGUCAAACUAUGCUAUCUCCGCUAUUCUCUCCCAAGGUCCAGUAGGAUAA